AUGGCAGCUUAUGCGGCUGUAGCCUCUCUCUUGAAUAACAUCGAUCACAUUAUGAAUCACCCUCGCUUUUCCACUUCUCUGGACCUAAAUCAGAUCCAAUCCAUUGAGGAAAAGGCUGCUUUAUUGCUCGAUUUCAUCCAGGGUUAUAGCCACGGAGGAGUGAUUACUGGAGAAGCACAGGAUCUGGAGAGGCAAAUCGCAUCUGCUGCUCAUGCGGCUGAUGAUGUGAUUGAAUCUCACAUCGUCGAUCAAAUUCACGGUGAUGAAAGGAAAACAAGUUACUGUUUCUCGCUCAAUAUACUGAAACAAAUUCGUGGUGGAAUUGGAUCCAGCCAAUCAACUUCGACCUACUUGCUCGAUCUGCAACAGAUAAUUGAAGACAUGGAUGCUGUGUUGAGAAAUGCUUAUGAGUUGAAAGGGAAAGAAGGAUUGAGAGAGGAGCAUCCCUCACGUUCAAAUUCAACACCUGCUAUGAUUGGAUUGGGAGAGGAGCAAUUGAGAGGGACAAUGGUGGGAUUGGAAGACGAUCUGAUUCAGCUCAUGGAUGACCUCACCAAUCAACAGUCCAGCCGCAACAUCAUCUCAAUUGUUGGGACGGGAGGUUUGGGUAAGACUACUCUUGCUCAAAAUCUUUAUCAAAGUUUACUCAUCAAGCAAUACUUUGAUAUGCAUGCUUGGAUUACGGUAUCACAACAAUACAAUCUUGAAGAAAUGCUCUCACAACUUCUUUCUAGCCUAGGAAAAUCCUCCAGUGCAGCAUCUGUAGAUGAUUUGGGGGAGAUGAUUCAUAAGACUCUGUCAGGUAGGAGAUAUUUGAUUGUAUUAGACGACGUAUGGAGUGUCCAAGUUUGGGAUGAAUUGAAGCAUUUCUUUCCUGAUAAUGGAAAUGGAAGUCGUGUUGUUCUAACUACUAGGUUGUCGAACGUAGCUAGAAGCUGUCAUUCCCGGUCUUGCUUAAUGAUGAAACCUCUAGAUGAGCAAACAAGUUGGAAACUAUUUUGUAAAGAGGCAUUCAAACAAGAAAGUUGCCCUUAUCCUGAACUUGAGGAAGUUGGAAAGGAGAUUGCUAGAUUGUGCAGAGGACUGCCCUUGGCCACUGUUGUUGUAGGGGGCCUUCUUCUCAACUCACCUAAGUCUAAAGUCUCUACAGUUCUGGGGGAGUGGAGGAUUCAAAUUCGUGUCUCCAAAAUUAUUGAGCUCUGGAUUGCUGAGGGGUUUCUUAGACCAAAGGACGCCCAGGUUUUAGACAAGGUUGCAGAGAGUUAUUUGAAGGAACUGAUUGACAGAAACCUUGUUUCAGUUAGAAAGCAUCGUCAUAAUGGAACGAUAGGUUCUUGUGGCAUUCAUGAUCUUGUGAGAGACUUAUGUUUGAAACUAGGUGAGCAACAAGGUUUUUUCCAUGUAAGUGAAACAGAAAUACAAGAAAAUGAGUUUCGCGUUUCCUUGCAUCGCUACAUAUGUUCUGGUUGGGUUAAUAUACAACAUAAUGGACCAUCGCAAGGAUGCUCCAUGUUGUCAAGGGCAUUCAUCGGCUUGAAUCACCAUAAGUUGUUGAGAGUAUUGAAUGCUGAAGGUUCUGUUUCAGAACACCUAUAUGAGAAUGCUAAUUUGCGCUACCUUGCUUACAGUCCCCUGUUUCAUUAUCAGUCAGUGUGGAAGCUUCCUAGUUCAAUAUCUCAUAUUUGGAAUCUGCAAACUUUAAUAUUUCAUAAGUCAAACCGUGUAAUUGUUGCACUGACUGAAAUUUGGAAUAUGCGACAACUUAGGCAUGUCAAGUGUUUUCUGAUGUAUGUUCCUAACCCUCCUCGUCAAAGUAAUGGUUUGGUAAGGAUGGAUAGCUUGCAGGCUCUUACAAAAGCAGUGAAUAUGAAGGUGUCUGAGAAAGUGUGCAAGAUUCCCCAUUUCAUCAAACAAGUUGAGCUUGAAAGGCUGUCACCUUGGGUGGGAAGAUGUGUGGAUGAUUGGUUCAUUGCCCCAACUCCAAGUUCUCCAUCUAGGAAGUAA